AGAUCAAAACUCAUGAUCCGUAUAGUCCUUCAUUCAUUCCACUACGCCAACUCUGUUGUCAUCCAGCAGCUAACGAAGAGUGGGCUGUACGACUGCAAAGUAUUGGUCUCAUUGGAGCAGCCAGUGACGAUAAGACAGUUUCACUGGAGCAGCUAAGAAAGAGAAUGAUCUCACAUAAGAAAGAGCAGCUCACUGAAAUGCGUUCCACAAUAACAAAGGCAAGUCGUAAGCUUGCAGCCGCUGAAAAUUCGCUACAUUUAGUUCUGCAGCUGCAGAAGUUCAGAGAUGUUACGGAGUCGACAGUGACAAAGCUGAACUGGCAAGAAGAGGUUGCAGGGAUUGACGAUCAAGUUGAAUGGAGGCUGAUACGAGAUAAACAUACAACAUAUGUGAGUUCUCGGGCAGAGGUAAUCAAGUGGAUGUUGAGUGUAGGUAUGUCUACUUGUGAACAAAGAGAUCAUUUCUUGGAUGUGACAGGAAAGUGGGCAGAAGAAACAAGAGAGAAGUUGAGACGCUUGGAGAACGAAGUUGAGGCAAACCAACGAGAUCUUAAUUACUUUUCAGGCAUGAUACAAGAGCUUGAAACAGAAGUAAAAAAGAAAGAGUGUUUGGUGUGUAACGAUGAGUUGAAGGUUGCGUCUGUCACACCAUGUGGACAUUACUACUGCACGACUUGUCUGCAGUGUUGGCUUCACAUGCAUGGUACUUGCCCGACUUGCAGGAAGCCGUGUGGCACGUGUCAGGUUGUGUGGAUACAGCUACGUCUGCAAGGAGUGACUCAGUCGUCAAGACUUGUUCAGCAAUUCGGAACGAAGCCGGCGGCUCUUGUCGAAUUCAUCAAGGAUACGAUCGCUACAGAACCGUCAGACGUUUGCUCCAGAUUCAUCGUCUUCUCUCAGUGGCACAAGAUGUUGGUGUUGGUGUCGAAGACUCUGCGUGCGAAUGGAAUUCGUAGUGUGUUUUGUGCUGGUAGGGGGACGACAAAGGAACGAGCUAUACAUACAUUCAAGACAUCCGAGGACAUUCGUGUACUGAUGCUUUCUAUAGAGAACGCGGCCGCUGGAACGAACUUGACAUUUGCAAAUCAUGUUAUUAUUAUGGAACCAGCUGGUCAGAAUAGUGCUCAUGGUGUUGCCAUGGAAACACAGGCGAUAGGUCGGAGUGUGCGUCUAGGACAGUUGCGUCGUGUUACUGUAACACGAUUUGUUGUGGAAGACACGGUGGAGGAAAAAAUUCAUCAACUGAAUAUGGAAGCGAGGAAGCAGAGAGGCAACAGCAUUCUUCAACCAAGUGAAGUCAACGGAUCGACUAAUGAUAUAUCCAUAAAAUCCGGCAGCCAAACUGCAGCUUCCAAACUCACAAGUGUCAACACAGAUCUCGAUUGCAGCAUCUCAGAGAAGGCUUCUAGCUCUACGUCUACCCCACCACCAUCCAGCAUUCCAUCACAUUCGGAUCUCACCCCAGUUUCUACUCAGACACCUCAGAAAGAAAAUGGACCACCUAGUGCAGCGACAUCGAACAACCAGACGAGUAAAGACAAUCUUGAACAAACAGAAAACAGUGCUAUCCAAUCACUUGAAAUGGAAUCAUCUGUUGGUUCUGAUAAACACGAGGCUGUCACCAUGCAGCCAACCGGUCAUGCACAGCCAGUUGACUGUGUCUUGGCUCCUCGACGGUCAGACGACAUUCAGUCAACACCACCAAUAGAAAACAAUUCUCUUUCAGACAUUUCGUCGAAUACAAUUCAUUUUGCAUCAGAUGCCGAUGGAGACAACAGACUUUUGCAAGAGAUUGCGGAGCCACUCGAUGCUACAUGUCAAGUUCAAUACAACGAGUUACCAAUCUGUCCUAUCUGUUCUAAGAGGAUUCAACUCUCGGAGCUUUGGUUUGUCAACAAACACGUCGAUGAUUGCAUGAGAAAAAUGUCUAGUUAGUUUUAUGACUAGCUAACCGCUAAGCUAGCAGAAGUCGUAUUUGCAGAGUUCAAGUUGGAUUUGACCGAAAGACAAUAAUUGAGCAAAAUUGUUGUUCUAGCUAAGCGGUUAACUGAAAAAUGACACAUAUUUAGUUUAAAGUACUUUGUUUAUUAUUUGUUUUAUUUUAUAUAAAUCACGUGACUAUACAUAUACGGGCAUU